AUGAUGACAAUACGUAAGAUUUGUUGCCUGGGUGCAGGAUAUGUUGGUGGACCAACAUGCAGCGUUAUAGCAUUGAAGUGUCCUGAUGUGCAGGUAACAGUCGUUGACGUAAGCAAAAGUCGUAUCGAUGCAUGGAAUUCAGACGAUCACCUCCCAAUAUAUGAGCCUGGUUUGAAGGAUGUGGUGAUGAAAUGCCGUGGUCAGAAUCUCUUCUUCUCUACUGAUGUAGAUGAUGCCAUACAAGCUGCUGAUCUCAUUUUUAUUUCAGUUCUUUCUAAUCCAGAGUUCCUGUCAGAGGGUACAGCUAUUGAUGAUUUAAUAAAUCCUGACCGUGUGCUAAUAGGCGGCGAACAGAGCGAGGCUGGAUACAAAGCUAUUGAUGCCUUGUCAUCAGUUUAUCAAAACUGGAUUCCGAAAAUAAAAAUUAUCAAAACCAAUACGUGGUCUUCAGAACUUUCAAAGUUGGCAGCCAAUGCUUUCCUAGCACAGCGUAUAUCAAGUAUUAAUUCCAUGAGUGCAAUCUGUGAAGCGACUGGGGCUGAUGUCAAUGAGGUCGCACACGCCAUUGGUACUGAUAGCCGUGUUGGUCCAAGGUUUCUACAAGCCAGCUUGGGAUUUGGUGGAAGUUGUUUUCAAAAAGAUGUCCUUAAUUUAGUGUAUCUCUGUGAAGCCUUGAACUUGCCUGAGGUGGCAGCAUACUGGCAACAGGUGAUUGAUAUGAAUGACUAUCAAAGACGACGCUUUGCAAAUAAAAUAAUAAAUUGUUUAUUCAACACUGUUACCAGUAAAAGAAUUGCUGUAUUAGGAUUCUCAUUUAAAAAAAACACUGGAGACACACGGUAAUUUAUUUAAUUGUAUUGCUAUAUACUAUAGUCACUAUAAAAUACAGAUGCAUGUACU